AUGGGGAGGUAUUCAGGAAAGAAAUGUCGUCUCCUGUGCAUGUUAUGUCUAACAGGAGGCUUCUUCUUUGUGGAGCUGAUUGUGGGUUACAUAACCAAUUCAAUGGCCCUUGUAGCUGAUUCAUUUCAUAUGUUGAGUGAUGUAGCGGCACUUAUCAUCGCGUUCUUGUCAGUCAAAAUGUCACCAAAGAAAUGGUCAAAGAACACUUUCGGCUGGGCUCGCGCUGAAGUUUUGGGCGCUCUCGUGAACGCAGUAUUCUUGGUGGCUCUUUGCUUCAGUAUUACCGUUGAGGCCGUUAAGAGGUUUAUAGAGUUCGAAGUCAUACAUAACCCGAAACUCCUUGUCGCUGUCGGCAGUCUAGGUCUACUGUUGAACAUUAUAGGACUUUUUCUGUUUCACGAUCACGGCGGACACGGUCACUCGCACGGUGGAGUUCCACCACCUUCGAAUGUCCGACACCUCACUGAGAUAGUGAACAGCAACGCUGACAGAGCACUCGGUCAUAACUCAACGGACAACGAGGAAACCGAUGAAAUGGUUAAGAAGGCCAAAACGCAGAAUCACAAGAGCUGCAAGAGUUCCAGUGAUCCGGGACAUAUGAAUAUGAAGGGAGUCUUCCUUCACGUACUGUCCGACGCUUUGGGAUCCCUGAUCGUUGUAGGCUCGGCCCUGGUCGUGUGGCUGACGGAGUGGAAGUACAAACACUACAUCGACCCUGCUCUGAGUAUAGUGCUCGUUAUAUUGAUUCUGGCCUCGGUGUGGCCUCUGCUCAGGGAGUCUUCGCUGAUCCUCCUCCAAACUGUGCCCACGCAUAUUCAAGUGGACGCGAUACAAAGGCGACUCAAAAACGUUGAAGGGGUAAUGGCCGUUCACGAGUUUCACGUGUGGCAGCUCGCCGGCGACAGAAUUAUAGCGAGUGCUCAUAUCAGAUGUCGCAACCUGUCUGAAUAUAUGAAGAUAGCCGAGAAAGUCAAAGAAUUCUUUCACAACGAAGGUAUUCACUCGACGACGAUACAGCCGGAAUUCGUUGAAGGACCUCAAGACGAAAAUGAAAAUCAGAGUGGGGCGAUAGAAGCACCGUGCGCCCUUCACUGUCCACCCAAUGACUUGUGCCACAACGCCACGUGUUGCGGUCCCAAUCAGCAGGAGACAUUAACACCGCCGGCGGCCGUCACGCCGUAUAUGUGUAGACAGAGGAACAUGGCGUCUCGAUCGGAGUCCGUCUCCUCAAAUAUCGCCGGCAACGCACCCAAGCCUGGGUGGAACCUGGAAGCCCUCGAAUGCGGUUCCUUGCUACCGUCGCCACUGGACGGUAGGCUGACCGUCUGACACACGGGAGGACCGGCCUUCGUGAAUGAUUACCAUCACAAUUUGUUCACGACGAUAGAACUGUGAACUUUCUAGUUUUUAAAUAUUCCAAUGAACUACCUCUGUGACGAAAAAAUCGUUUUAUUUAGAUCUUGUUCGGGACACUAAAACUAUGACAGAAGCGUAUAUCUGUUUGGUGAUUUGUAACAUAAAAUUAUUAAACUACUUUACCUCGAGUGUUGCCAGUUUAAUGUAUGCUCAAUAUGAUUAAAACCUUUAGAAAGCUUCCUACUUGUGUUCAAAUCAUAUCCAUCGACAACUACCAUUUGAAAAUAAUAUAAAACGUACGUUAUAAGAUAAUUAAGUACUUAUAAUUAAAAUAAAUGGAUUAAAAGGUACUUUAGGUAAUAUGAAAUAAAUUUAAUAUACAGCUACAUAUAUUUCUGUUUUGAUUUUCUUUUAAAUAAUAAAAGUUCUUAUCCAGUGAAAUUUAAUGAGUUGAGCUAUGUUAUUUUGUUACGGUACACAUGAUUACUGAAUACAAACUCGCAUUAAUAGAUAGUGUAAGUAUAAAUGCACCAAAUGCAAGAUAAAGUUAGUGAAAUGCAAACUAGCGUGGGCAGUGUUGCUAUGAGGGUUUAAAUAAAAUAUCAAAGUGAUAUUUUCUCACUAAUAUGACGCAAUGCACGCCUAUGAUGUGUAAUGAUUAUUAAACAUUCUCGGAAAUAGAAAUUCGCCAACGGCUUUGAAUCGGACUGGUUUACGUAAAGGUCGUGAAACCAAAACACUUGAAAGAUAUUCUGAUUAAUUUUUUUUUACUAUAGCAAUCCACUUCCUUUGUUUUUCUUCAUUUCUAGAAACAACGGAUACAAUACGGCUCUAGAAGUGAAUCAAGUCUUUGUGUCCGGAUUUGACGAUUACAAAUCAUACGAUCUGUUUGUAUUACCCUUAAUAAGUUGUUGGGUAAGUUGCUGACAUGUGACGGUAGGCAGCGGCUUGGCUCUGCCCCUGGCAUUGCUGAAGUCCAUAGGCGACGGUAACCACUCACCAUCAGGUGGGCCGU